GUAACUCACUUAGAUCCUGCUCUUACUAUUUGAACCACCAUUCCAGUUCCUUAGUUUGAAAAAAAUCCAAUUUAUGAUUGGGUUUGAUUGAGUUUAAGUUUAGAUUUUUAUUAUUAUUAUUUAAAUACAAAGCUGUUCUGCAUCAGGUGCUGUUGAAGAGGGGGUGUGAAGUGAUCAGGAAGGUGUGUUAAACCAGGGGCUCCUAGGGAGUCUGGAAAAGUCUGGAAAACUAUGAAAUAUAAGUCUUUUACAGGUCUGGAUUAUUAUGGCCAAAUGAGUGUUUCCACACUUUAUUCUGUAUUCCAUUGUUCAAAAGUUGUAUGUAUCCAUUCAUUUGUUUUCCGUCCGUCCAUCCGUUUGCUCACAGUUCGUCCACCUUUUCAUCCGUUCAUCUAUCCGUCUGUUUGUCUUUCUUUCUUCCCUACUUACAGUCUGAGGUUUCAUAUGUAAAACCUGACCACUGGAGAAGUGUCUUCCAUAAAUUCAUGGUGAACGUUUGUAAUUAUGCUUUACAAAAAGCUGAUAAAUAGAAAUGAGAAACAGAGGUCUGGAACUGUUUGAAAAAGGAAAGGAACCCCUGUAAAACUCUUCCUUUGCUAUAGAAUGGGGGGAAAUCAGUUUUGUUGACACUAAGAAGCCUAAUAAGAAGUAAACAAUGGGAAUAUUGUUGUUUUUAACUUUUAGAGUUCAGUCCUUUCAGCUAUUCUUCUCUUCACAUAGCAACUCAGCUUUGUUUAUGUUCUCUGAGCACAUUUGUGGUCCUGAUCUCUCAUGGCUGCAGUGAGGUGACUGAAUGUCAUGUUUUAAUAAUCCUCUUUAAUCAAUAUGCCACCCAAACCACCUGACACAGCGGGGGGUUUCUUGGCACAGGUGUGCUGCUAAAGCUUCUGAUGAAGGUCACUCUGAUUUUCAAACAAAGAUAGGACUCAAGAGGAAAGGCAACAUCUGCAGCACUGCUGCACAGCUCCUUGUGAUCUGGUGACUUGUCUGUGGUUGGAUUAAACUUCCCGUCCCCAACUGGGGCGGCUGCUCAGAGAAACUCUCAAACAAAUGUCACUCGUGAUCAUCAGUACCCUGGAUGGGCGGAUCUCAGCGUUGGAUCCUCACAACCAAGGCAGGAAGCAGUGGGACCUAGAUGUUGGCUCAGGGUGCUUGGUGUCCUCCAGCCUCAGCAAACCUGAGGUAUUUGGCAAUAAGAUGGUCAUACCUUCACUGGAUGGUGCCUUGUUCCAGUGGAACCGGGACAGGGAGAGUAUGGAGGCUGUGCCUUUCAGUGUUGAAUCCCUGCUGGAGUCAUCCUACCGCAUGGGAGAGGACACUGUCCUGGUCGGGGGCAAGUCCCUCACUACUUAUGGUCUGGGGGCCUACAGUGGCAAGAUUCGAUACAUUUGCUCUGCGGGGGGCUGCAGUCGGUGGGGGGAGGAAGAGAUAGAGACGGAGGACGUUCUCCUGCUGCAGAGGACUCAGAAGACAGUACGAGCUAUCAGGCCUCGAUCAGGAAUGGAAAAGUGGAACUUCAGUGUUGGGAGCUUUGAGCUCAAACUUGUCCCUGAGAAGCAGUCUGGAUUGAACUUUCUGGAGGGAGAUGUAGCGAGCGAUGACACCUGGAAGGAAAGCCAGCGAGUCAUCAUCGAUGAACCAAAGGAGAGGGAGCAAAUGGACAAAAAGCAGAACCAAAAUCAACAUUUGGACCUCGUCAUCAAAGUGUCUGUUCCAGAUUGGAAGGUCAUGGCCUUCAGCACUGAGCCCAGUGGACAGCUGGUCUGGGAACAUCAGUUCUGCACACCCAUCGCCUCUGCCUGGUUGGUGGGUGGGGGUAAAGUCACACCGAUCAGCCUGUUUGAUGACACCGCCUACAGCAGCCAAUCAGAAUCUGAAGAUGAUGACGAGGAGGAUCCUGAUAAAGUCCAGAGUGCUGCAGAGUCUAGUGUCUACCUCGGGAUGUUUCAGGGGCAGCUCUACCUCCAGUCAUCAGUGAGGAUCUCUGAAAAGUUCCCCUCUAAGGCUAUCGGAUCAGAGAAAGACAUCAUUUCUCUCCCCACUGUCAAAUGGAAGCCACUUAUACAGUCCCCGUCUCGGACUCCAGCUCUGGUCGGCUCUGACGAAUUUGACAAGUGUCUGAGUAAUGACAAGUACUCCCACGAUGAAUACAGCAAUGGAGCCUUGUCCAUUCUUCAGUAUCCAUACGACAAUGGUUACUACUUCCCCUACAGCAAGCAUUACCGGGAGAAACGUGAAAGUGCCAUUAGUCUGAUAAAGGGAAACAAUGCCGGCUCAGACAAUCGUAGGAGAAAGGACCCUGUGCUGCUGCUGCCAUGGUGGAAGGAAAUUCUCGGAACCAUCGUCUUCUGCAUCGCCGCCACCACCUACAUCGUCCGCAAGUUCUUCCACCCUCCUGCCCCUGUGGCCUAUGUGAGGCAACGGAAAGAGUCAGAGACACAAUGCCAGACCGACAGCAAGUUUGACCUUGAAGUUGUUGAAUCCAAAGAGCCGGUUGCCAUGGAGAACCGCUUCAGUGAAUAUGUGUCCAGGUACCUGACAGACUUCGAGCCCGUGCAGUGCCUUGGCCGCGGGGGCUUCGGCGUUGUCUUUGAAGCCCGCAAUAAAGUGGACGACUGCAACUACGCCAUCAAAAGAAUCCGCCUGCCCAACAGGGAGCUGGCCCGAGAGAAGGUGAUGCGAGAGGUGAAAGCUCUGGCGAAGCUGGAGCACCCCGGGAUUAUCCGUUACUUCAACGCCUGGCAGGAGAGCCCCCCUGAGGGCUGGCAGGAAGAAAUGGACCAGAGGUGUCAUAAGGAUGCCAGUACCACUGACUGGCCAAUGAGCAUCCCUGACCACAUGGAGGUGCUAUCAGUCAAAGUACCGGUGUCUAGCUCUGCGUACCCCGUCUCUAGUCCUGAAGGAGAUGCUCUGGAGGCAUCUGUCAGUGCUCAGGCCCUCCUCUCCAACAGCACAGUUGGCUUUGGAGCUGAUGACGGCGACCUGUCCUUCCAGCCACUGCUUGGCCACGACAGCCUGAUGUCUGAGAGGGACAGCCAAGCCGACGCUGACGCUUCAGACACCCCUAACUCCUUCGAGCUCUGCCCUCCACGUGGCCCCAGUGACUGCACUUCUUCAUCCUUUGACAUUGUGUUUGAGGACUCUGGCUGUGAUCGAGAUGCAGAUGCUGAUACAGACUCGGGUGCAAGCGCAGCCAGUCCCAAAACACUGAUAGAGAAGAAGACUUCUUCUUCUUCUUCACAUACCAGACAGCAGGAGUCUGUCCCACCUUCUUCUUCCAGUCCUCCUCGACCAACCUCUCUCACCUUGGCUCUCCCUGCUACUUCACCAGUCCAGCGCUUCCAGCCUUCCCCAAAGGUGUACCUGUACAUCCAGAUGCAGCUCUGUCGGAAGGAGAACCUGAAGGACUGGAUGGCUCAGCGUUGCCUGCCGGACCAGAGAGAGCUCAACCAGUGUCUGGACAUCUUCCUGCAGAUCGCGGAAGCUGUCGACUUCCUGCACAGCAAGGGUCUCAUGCACAGAGACCUUAAGCCGUCUAACAUCUUCUUCACCAUGGACGAUGUGGUGAAAGUGGGAGACUUUGGCCUGGUGACUGCUAUGGACCAGGAGGAUGAUGAGGAUGAGCCGAGCGUGUUGACACCUGCACCACUCCUCACUCGGCACACAGGCCAGGUCGGCACCAAGCUCUACAUGAGCCCUGAGCAGCUCUCUGGUAACUCGUACUCUCAUAAAGUGGACAUUUACUCGCUGGGUUUGAUCCUGUUCGAGCUGCUGUAUCCCUUCAGGACCCAGAUGGAGAGAGUGAGGACGCUCACAGACGUGAGAGCACUGCGCUUCCCAGACAUUUUCUCCAAAAACAAUGCUGAGGAGCUGAGUAUGGUCCGCAGCAUGCUGUCUCUAAGCCCUAGCGAGCGUCCCGAGGCAGCAGACAUCACUGCCAUGUCCCUCUUCCAGGAGCUGGAGCUGCCCUGCCGGCUCGCCGUUAGGCAGCGCUCCCGCACCUACAGCUCCUCUUCAAUGGGCCGUCCCUCACGCCAGACAUCGUCCAGCUGAAAAUCCAGCCGUACAAUCUGUGAUCCCCUGCUCUGUUCGGCUCACAACUCCCCAUCUGCUGAGGAGUCCCCCCUGGCCAUCAUCACUUCAUGAUCCAAGAAAAGCAACAAUAACUUUUAAACGUAGACAAUGUCCGUCACAGGUACUCUAGGAAACAUGUCAUUUAUUGUUCAUGUAGCAUAAUACUAACCAACUUUCACUCUUAAAAGGAAAGUUUAUUUCCUAAAGGGAAGGAUUUCAAAAAAUGUUUUUGUGGAUAUUUCAACAAAACUCUCAAUACCAGAUGUGCAGCGUCUACUACUUAAGUAAACCUGCCCAGUGAUUUAUCUGCAGUGUUUACCUGCGAUUACUCUGUGAAAACUGCCACUUUCUUUACUCAUAACGAGGCAGAUGAAAUCAUCCUCAACACUGAAGUCAGAGACAACGAUGCUAGAAAGAAACAGAUCUGGUGAAAACAUGCUGCUUGCUCCCAACAUUAAGCCAGUGUUCACUUCAAUCAAACAUGCUACACCUCAGGUAUCAAAACCAAGGGGACACUUCAAAGGGGCCUUUGAUGCUUGUAGGAACACUAAGUGGUGUUCUGACACACAAUUUGCCUGAUUUGGGAGACCAAAAAAAUACCAUCUUUUUUCAUAAUAAUUUUUUGAUAAGAAAAGAUGUACUGGAUAGAAAGAAGCUUGAGUCCAGGCCAUUAGAUGUGACUUGCCUUUAGAAAGAGGCUGUUUGACCUCUCAGAGUGAAUGCUGGGCCCUUGGCUCAUGUCUUUUUGCAUGUAUCAGACAGACAAUAAGGAGUGAAUGUGAGUUUUUUUUUUUUUUAUCUUAAAGCCAGUACAUUUUCUCUGGGUACAUUUUCCAGAUUGACUGUGAGGUGCUCAGACCUUUUCUAACACCUCUUCUUUACUAUCUGUACAUAGCUCAAGGCAAAACCUUGUGUAUUUCCUUUUUUUUAAGAUACGUUUGACCAAGGUUGUACAUAUUGUGAGGCAACAUUGCUUGUAAAAGGCUUUUUUCAUAUUGACCUGUAAGAUAGUGUGAUAUACUGUGAGAGACGAAACAAAGAGGAGGUUCGCUCUUUGCCAUUAAUGGAUAGCUGAAUGUUACAGUGUGACCCCCAGGGACAGAUGACGGUGGUCACCUCUUUAAAAUUAUUCUCAGUGUUUGUUUUCGCACAUUUCGGGAACGAAGCAGAGAGCUUUGCCUUGCUUUUGGGGGGGGGGGGGGGGACAGAGGGGAGCUUGCAGGGCCCAGAGUGCCGUUUUAAGUGUACUUUUCUUUAACCAAUAGCUCGCUUCAUAAUCUGGAUUAUCUUUGCUGUUGUGAUUCAACACCUUCCUGCUGGUGUUACUCCUGAAACAGAAAACUAUAGAUCCACCGAUCAGACUUUUCCAGACCGAUAGGAAUACUUUUGAUGGCUAUUGUUGUGGAUAUGGUUACAAUAAUUAAUUUAAUAAUUAUUUGUAGAGAUGCACCAAGACACCGGGUGGACACUGGAAUAGGAACAUUUUUUUGUUUAUGAGGACCAUCGGGCACUCAGAAAUUUGAUAUUUUUCCAAUCACUGAACAUGCCAUACCCGUGCAUAACCAGUUCAUGAUAACCAUAACAUUACUCAGUGUGGAUGUUGUUACCGUGGAAAGAAGACUACAGUUCAUUGUUUUCAAGGUCAUUGAGGUGUUUAAAAAGACAAAAGGUGUGAAAGGAAAAAGAAAUAUGUUCCCAGAGAACCAAGAUGUCUGAUGGACCAAUUCCCAUUUUCCCAAUUCGGAUAUUUUUCUUCUAAAAACUAUUGAUGGGUACUUUUUGUUUUCAGAAACAGUUUUCCACUUAAAAACAAAAUAAAACAGUAAAAGUUACCGAUGAAUGUUUGUAUAUCAUUAAACCUGUGGCAUACUUUACUGUACCUGUAGUGCUUAAAUGCAUAAAAUGGGGAAAAAUACAUUGUCUUAUAUGGGUAACUACAGCUAGCACCACAACUAGCAAAUCCCACUGGUUUUGUGAUGUGCAACUGGAACACUCUAGACUUGAGAGUAAUGUCUUUCCCAGAUCUGAUCUAUGACUUCCAAGACAGACUGAACACUGACCACAGGUAACAUGUUGGAGGAAAAAUGUUCCGCAGCUUCCUUAACGGAGUUAGUAGUUUUAAAUCUAACCAAUAAAAAUGUCAAAGGAAGCAUAUGUCAAACUGAUUUUGAUUUAUUUUUUUAUGUUUCACUCCAAAAAAGUGCAAAAAAGUUAGUUGAUGAAUAUACAGACCUAAAACAGUGGGAAUUCUUAGUUUUCAUGCAUUAAAUGAAUGGGGUAAAAAAAAUCAGAUUUCCGGUGGCUAGAUCGGUGCAUCUCUACAAAAACAACACGAUUCCUGAGUUCUGCAGCUCUCCUGUGCAGCAGGAAUAUAGCAUUUACUUAAAAAGUUGGAACUGUUUCAUUUCCUCUACUCAGUCUGGGGAACUUGGACCUGAUGAGGGUUAUGUAAUCCACAUGGCCUGUUUGGAACUACACACACAAAAACUGUUAGUUGUAGUGCUUUCUAUGAUUGUACUUUCUAAAGACAUUCUCUUUUUUUCACAACAAGUGCAGUUUUUUCAUUAUUCUGCAGGGUUUUUAGUUUAGUCUUGACCGUGUCAGAUGCAGGAAGUUGUUUGUUCUCCUGGUCAGUUACAUGCUGAGUCGUCGUUGUUAAAUUAUCAGUUCACUCUUUAAACAAACCCUCGUCCCAACAUAGUAAAAGUGGAAGUUGGAAGGUUUUUUAAGUGAUUUAACCUCAUUAAACCAAACCCUUCAGGUUUGACUUUUUGUAAGUUACAUAAAUCCUUUUAUGACAUAACCUUUGUGAAAUUGAAGUGUCAUUUUGUUUCUCUGAUUAUUGUUUUAUUUUGAUUCACAAAUUGCCUGGGAGGGUCUGGAAACGUCCUUUAUCAGGAGUUAUUUCCUGAAUGAAUUGAGCUCCAAAGAUAUGUUGGAUAAAGGAAAAACCUUAUUCACCUACAUUAGUAAAAACUGUAUCUUCUUUGUGUACUGACUCCAGCAUUGCUGAUCUAUUAUCAGAGGGUCUACAGAUUUUUUUUUGUUCAGUCAAACAAAGAAAAUUCUGUUCCAUCAUACGUUUCCCAUCCUUGCUUGUUUGUUGUUUUUUUUUUUUAACCUGAGUGGUUUUCUGAUAAUUGUUUAAAUGAAAAUUAAUUCCAUUCUGUGUCUCAGGCCUCUGGUUGGACAUGCAGUUGCUUGAUCCUGUUCACCAGUCCAAUUUCUCUGUCUGUCCAUGUUGAACUGUAAAUAUGUCAAUUUAGUUUAUUUAUGUUUUGUGGGAGUGAUCAAUCCUUUGUGGGUUGGUGUUAUAUUAAGCGCUUCAUGCGAUGGAGUGCAUUGGAAUACGACUUCUUAUAAGUCUGAAUUUAAUAAACUGUUCUAUACAAUUUU